AUGGCUUUGCUAAAAACCUACCUACGGCGGUAUCUCUCACCCGGCAAUCAGGAGCUGGACGAGAUCCUACAGAAAUCCUACGCGUCUACUGUUAAUCUUGAGAUCACGCCGGCCGGCGACCCCCGCGCCCUGCCGAGCGGCCUUGCAGCUGCAGCCGGGGGCCGCGGCGGCGGCGGCGGCGGCGGGGGCGGAGGCGGCGGAGGAGGAGGCGGCGGCGGCGGCAUGCAGCCCGGCAGCGCCGCCGUGACCUCGGGCGCCUACCGAGGGGACCCGUCCUCCGUCAAGAUGGUCCAGAGCGACUUCAUGCAGGGGGCCAUGGCCGCCAGCAACGGCGGCCAUAUGCUAAGCCACGCGCACCAGUGGGUCACAGCCCUGCCCCACGCCGCCGCCGCCGCCGCCGCCGCUGCCGCCGCCGCCGUGGAGGCGAGCUCGCCGUGGUCUGGCAGCGCCGUGGGCAUGGCCGGCAGCCCCCAGCAGCCGCCGCAGCCGCCGCCGCCGCCGCCGCCGCAGGGACCCGACGUGAAGGGCGGCUCCGGACGCGACGACCUGCACGCGGGCACCGCGCUGCACCACCGCGGGCCGCCACACCUCGGGCCCCCGCCGCCGCCCCCGCACCAGGGCCACCCGGGGGGCUGGGGGGCCGCCGCAGCCGCAGCCGCAGCCGCCGCCGCCGCCGCCGCUGCCGCACACCUCCCGUCCAUGGCCGGAGGCCAGCAGCCGCCGCCUCAGAGUCUGCUCUACUCGCAGCCCGGGGGCUUCACGGUGAACGGCAUGCUGAGCGCGCCCCCGGGCCCGGGCGGCGGCGGCGGCGGCGCGGGCGGCGGCGCCCAGAGCCUGGUGCACCCGGGGCUGGUGCGCGGGGACACGCCCGAGCUGGCCGAGCACCACCACCACCACCACCACCACGCGCACCCGCACCCGCCUCACCCGCACCACGCGCAGGGGCCUCCGCACCACGGCGGCGGCGGCGCGGGGCCCGGACUCAACAGCCACGACCCGCACUCGGACGAGGACACGCCGACGUCGGACGACCUGGAGCAGUUCGCCAAGCAGUUCAAGCAGAGGCGCAUCAAACUCGGCUUCACGCAGGCCGACGUGGGGCUGGCGCUGGGCACGCUGUAUGGCAACGUGUUCUCGCAGACCACCAUCUGCCGCUUCGAGGCCCUGCAGCUGAGCUUCAAGAACAUGUGCAAGCUCAAGCCGCUGCUGAACAAGUGGCUGGAGGAGGCGGACUCGAGCACCGGCAGCCCCACGAGCAUCGACAAGAUCGCGGCGCAGGGCCGCAAGCGCAAGAAGCGGACCUCCAUCGAGGUCAGCGUCAAGGGCGCGCUCGAGAGCCACUUCCUCAAGUGCCCCAAGCCCUCCGCGCAGGAGAUCACCAACCUGGCCGACAGCCUGCAGCUCGAGAAGGAGGUUGUGCGGGUCUGGUUCUGCAACCGGCGCCAAAAGGAGAAGCGCAUGACGCCGCCCGGGAUCCAACAGCAGACGCCCGACGACGUCUACUCGCAGGUGGGCACAGUGAGCGCCGACACGCCGCCGCCGCACCACGGACUGCAGACGAGCGUGCAGUGA